AUUGACCUCUUUGACCCCAGCGAGGCCAUUCUCAAGACGUACGGGCUUCCGUCGACAACUUCGUUUGCGAAACCCACGUACCCUCGUGCUCGUACGUUGGUCGAGUACACGUCGGUGGCCGAUGCGAUCAUCGGCUUUCAGUCGCUCGAACCCGGCUACGUCUUCAACUUGAUGACGCUGUACUGCUGGGCCGACCUUGAGAAGCGCUGGGAGCUAGCCCAUACGGCGGCGCGUCAAGCGCGAUGUGCCGCUACGAUGGCUGACAACGGCGCCGUGUACCUCGAGCCGUUCCUUCGCAACGUCAACUGGGACGCGUGGUAUCCGAUCUACGGUGCCAGUGUCGACGCUGCGGUCGCCGACGCGAUUACGAUUACGUCCGAAGGCCGGGACUGGUACAAGAGUCUCCAAAACGCGUACCAGUCUCUGGCUGAAGAAGCAGCGUACUGGAAAUCGCACCAGAUUUCGCACUUUCAGCUGCAGUGGAGCAACGACAAUCAGUUUGGCGUGCAAGAGUCCAUCUCGGUCGUCAACAUGCUCGGAUGGCAACAAGAUCUGACGAUUCAGUCGGUCGCGUACGCCGCCCGAAGCUCCAAGUGGACAACCUUUACGCUCAACUGGGCGUUUUUCGACGAUCUCUGGGGCUCGGCCGUCACCAACGGAAGCCUCGUGCGCAGUGCCAGCAACUUUAUGGGUGACGCGUCGAUGGAGAGGCUCCUCAACCUCUACCCGUUCACGCCCGCAAGCGUCAUCAUCCACAACACACUCGGGCCCUUUCUCAACGUUGAUUUGAUGGUGGUGGCGCCGCCUGCGCAGCUCGUCAAUGCGUACGUGGCCAUGGAAGCCGCGCUG